UGAGUUCUCUGUAGUGGUUGGGAGUCGCUAGGGAACACAAGGAUCUGAUGCCAGGACUUCUGCCUUGGCAAAAAGUUUCCUGUUCUGUCAGAACACACGACACCGAAAAGGCCACAUUGCAGCUGCUGCAAUAACUGUGUUGCAUUCUUCUCAUCUCACUCAGACUCCAUUGUUUAUUCUUUGUUAACACAGUUUACCUUUGCCCCCUCCGUUGUGUCUGUGGCCACCAUACAAGAUUGUCCCCCUCAAUCCCACGCUCUCGGCGCGCGAAGUAUGGCAGUCGAUCUCUGUCUGUGGGAGAGAGAGGGUGUCCGCCACGUCUGCUGCAGCCACUCCCGCACACGCGCGCACAAGUCGCGGCUCAGCAGCUACGCGAGACAGCGAGGCCUUAGUGUCCACUGUGCCCGGAGCCUCAUAAUCAUCUUCAGGCUGCGGGGGCACCAUGAGGCAGGCGGCCUUAGUGAGGCACUGCCUCACCGCUCAGGCUGGGACGAGAAGACGAGCAAGGUGAUGAUGUGAGUGAUAAGCAUGAAGUGCACACACCAUGCGCGAAAUUACCUCUCUCCCCGGGGGCGCGACGCGACCAGCAGCCCCAGAUAAACACGCUACCUUUCCCCUGAAGUGACUCCCUCGUUACCUCUCGCCCGACGAUCUGCCGCAAUGGCAUUGUCUCCUGGAGCUCUGUGUUUAUCCUUGGUGCUGUGUGUUUGCGGCGUCGGCUGCACCGCCGCCGAACCCAACCUGACUGCGAGUGACGCCCUCCCAAGGCUCCGCCACACGCCCACGCCUCCCUCAGUGCCUGUGGACCAACUCAACACCGUCAAUUAUAACUCUUCCGACCAUGAAGAUCUUUACAGCCCCGAGCUUUACAGCCACUACCCUGCCGCCAACUUCCCCAUGGGUCCCCUGCACACCCCACCCUUCGCUGAGCAGGGCGCUGAUACUAUGGGGCACCAAGGUGAUGCACAGCGGCAAGGUCAAGACAACACUGUACUUUACUUUAGUAAUGUCAAUAACCAUACAGUGGUUAGUGGUGAGCGUGAUGCAGUACACUCCAAAGAUAAUAGUUUGUUACUUCAUGCAAAGUCUAUGAAUAAUAUUUCUAUCCCAUAUGUUUUCAACACAGUACAAUCCGUCAGCCCCGUGGACCACAGCGGGCCGCCCUUCAGCCCGGGCCAGCGGGGGCGUCACAGUGCAGACCAGGUGUCCAGGCACUCACCCUCAGACUUAAGAAUUACGCUAAAUAGAACACACGAGGGUGAUGUGGCUGGGAGUGAUAGCUCCUCGGUGUCGGCGAGUGGCAGUGCCGCAGGAGGCGCGGACCCUCUCGAUUAUUUUCGUUUUGGAAAAGACAAUUACAGUCAAAUCUACGAUCAUUCCUUUCACGCAGUGGCCGGUGUGUCUCCCCCGAGACCGGAGCACCGGCUGUGUAACGUGACUCAGCUUUCCCCGCAGCCCUCCCCGCUACACGGCGCCCCUGAGGACUCACGGCGCAGCACGGGCGUGGGUCUCUGGCCACUUGCUGAUGAUGGCCAGGAGUACCUUGACAGUUACACAGUGACUUGUGACGCCUCGGUGUCCCUCAACAACCUUACUGACGUGGCCGAAGUUACCUACAAGCGGCGCACCAUCAAUAUGAUCGUGAGGCAUCAGAGGAAACUAUACUCCGUGACUCGCCUCGACUUCCUUCAUUUCCAAAACCUCGUCUACCUGUCCAUAACACACUCGGCGCUCACGCAGAUAGAAGAUGGUGCCUUCGGGAACCUGCCCAGCCUUCAGAUCAUAGACCUCAGCCAUAACCAACUUCAGAUUCUGUCCUGGAGAGUGUUCUGGCCAGCCUCCGUCCCUGGGAAAACACUGAAGCAAAUCAACACUACAGGCAACCCGAUGCUUCCUGACGACUGUCGCAACGAGUGGCUUCACACAUGGCGGGAGAACACCAGGAGGCGGCGGGAGGUGUGGCGGGAAGAGGAGCAGACCAAGGGACGGGAGGAGCAGGACGUGGUGAGAGAGAUGGAGUUGUGGGAGCAGCAGAACACCAUAGCUAACAUGACAAUACCAGAGGAGGGAGAGCCGCUGAACGAAUGUCCUCUGGAAGGCUCCAACUCGUCCUCCUGCUAUUUGUGUCCAGCUGAACUCAACGCCACUGAAGGAAUGAAGGGAGAAUGCAAGAUAUUUACUGUGGAGUGCGCGGUGAAGGGCAACCCACUACCACAGAUUACGUGGCGGAUUCCUCCUCACCUGCUGAAAUUGGAGCAGAGCAAGCCGCGUGUUUCUGGCUUUAGCGUCACCUCUGUCAUCAACGUCACCUACAACCUGACGCACCCACACGACGUCCUCCAGCCCCUCGUGUGCGUCGCCGAGAACGACAGAUCUGUGAGCGUGGAGAAGGUGGAGCUGGGGGAGGAGGAACCCUUGGAUCGGUCGCCCAAGAUUUGCUCGAGUGAGUACAAACACAUGUCGCGGGAGCAGUUCUGUUUCAGCGCCCAGGCCGUGCCGCCCUCGAGGCUCACGUGGCGGUUCUACCCGUGUACUUCCUCCAGUUGCACCAGCAGUAACUCCACGGACACUAGGAUCACGUGCACAGUCCACCGCCAAGACCCAGACUCCUCUUACAUUAGCGGUUGCAUCAGGUUCCCCGACUCCCUGACGCACGCUAAGCCAGGCAAGUACGAGGUGCAGAUCACCAAUGACUAUGGCAGCGCCAACGCCUCGCAGCGCCACUCCCGCCGCCUCAGAUUAGGCCUCUGCACCAUCAGUAACUGCAGCUGCAUCAUCGAUCCCUAUUGCAAACUGCCGAAUGUCUUGCAGCCUCUGUCCACACACGCGCCCAACAGUUCCUGUCCCAUCAUCCCCACCACUGCAAGGCCCUCUCCCCCAACCUCCAUCACCAGACUCCCCAAUUCCACCCCCUCCUCCACCAGCAUCUCCCCUACUAGCACCUCCACGGAGACUCUGCCUCUCUCCAUCACACUGACCAUCGUAGUGUGUGUGACUGUUGUGGUGUUGGGCGUCACUCUUCUGCUUCUCCGUAACCUGCGAGCGGCCCGGAGACGCCAGCCGACCUACGUGGACUCAUGCCCUGACUCACCCUUCCAGAUCACCUUCAUUGGGUGCCUGUGCAGGGAUGACGAAUGCCAGAAGAAGAGUGAUGGGCUCCAGCUGCAGGAGUUGAUGCCCAUGAGCGUGGACCGCCUCGUUGAGAACCCGGAGUACAUUGGCAACGGCAAGAUUACCCUCGCCGCGAAGAAACAGGCGCCAGUCAUUCCGUGGGACCACAUCAAGUUCGUGUCUGAGCUGGGCGAGGGAGCGUUCGGCCGCGUCUAUCUCGGAAAUCUGGACGAUGGGUGGCGGCGACCCUCUCAGGUGGCGGUAAAGACGCUGAAGAGUGUGGGGCCCGAGGCAAGGCAGGAGUUGGAGAGAGAGGUCGAGCUUCUGAACAACCUCCAGCAUAAGAACAUCGUCAGCUUCUACGGCGUGUGCUACAGCUCCGACCUGCUGCUUAUGGUCUUCGAGUACAUGGAGCACGGGGACCUCAACAACUACCUCAGGAGCCACAACACUGACGUGGCGCUGCUGGCGGGAGAGGAGCCGAGCAUGGAGCCGCUCUCCGUCAUGGACUGCCUUCAGAUCGCCCUCCAGAUAGCGGCAGGCAUGAAGUACCUCGCCUCUCAGCAUUACGUACACAGGGACCUGGCCACGAGGAACUGUCUGGUGGGGGCAAGCCUGGUGGUCAAAAUCGGUGACUUCGGGAUGUCCAGGGAUGUCUACACCACUGACUACUACCAGUUCGGGGGUCGCACGCUGCUGCCGGUGCGCUGGAUGCCGCCAGAGAGCAUCCUGUACCGCCGCUUCACCAUUGAGUCAGACAUCUGGAGCUUCGGUGUGGUGCUGUGGGAGAUCUUCACGGGCGGCAAGCAGCCCUGGUACGGCUACACCAACCAGGAGGUCAUCACGCAAAUCACAGCCGGCAAGAUCCUAAACUGCCCAGACAACUGCCCGCCCGACAUGUACCGCGUGAUGGUCGCCUGCUGGAGCAAGAACCCGCAUGAGAGGCUUCCUAUGGCCACGCUGUACGAGAGGAUCCGUUGCCUUACCACCGACGAGCCACACGUCCUCGAUUAUGACUGAGGGCGGCUGGGCUGGUGAGGGGCACGAGGCAGGACGGAGGGGAGGAGACUGUGAGUGUGUGAACGUCUCGUCUCUCUUCACCUCCCCCAGACCUUAUGCAGCGCUACCAGCAGCACCAGGCACACCACAGGCAUCUCUCUCUCUCUCUCUCUCUCUCUCUCUCUCUCUCUCUCUCUCUCUCUCUCUCUCUCUCUCUCUCUCUCUCUCUCUCUCUCUCUCUCUCUAAGAAAAGCGAAAUACGGGCCAAGGAGCUGCUAGCAUAGUAUUGGCGUGUGAGGGAAAAGCGAGAGUAUUUUUAUUACGUGCCCGGCAUGAAAGACAGGCGAGUACAGAGCGAGGAUCAUAUUGCCCAGUAAAUGGACAAGAUGUGUGUGUGAGCGGGUCUCGCGUGUCUGUAAUGUGUGCGGGGAUGAGUUGUGGAUGUGAGUGUAGUGUUGUUUUGUUUUGUGUCUGGAAUGAGUGUGUUAGGAACUGAAUGUGGAAACGUGUGAACAGACUUGUGUUUAAUGUGUCUGGUGUUAAUAAGGUUGUGUUUGAUAUCAGUAAGGCUGUAUUUGGUGUGUUUGGUAUCAAGUGACUUGAGCUUGGAGUAUCAGAUGUGUGUUGGUUUGUGUGUGUGUGUGGUGUGUCUAGUGUAAGUAGGAUCACAUCUGAUAUACCUGGAGUCAUUAAGGUUGUGUUUGGUGUGUCAAGUACGUAAUGCGUGUUGGUGUGUGUGUUUGGUGUGUCUGGGAUCAGUAGAGUUCUGUUUGGUAUGCCUGGUGUCAGUAAGGUUGCGUUUGCUGGGAGCAAGGUUGUGUCUGGUGUGCCUAGUAUCAACAGGGCUGUGGUUGGUGUUCCUGGUGCCUGGUGGCCGCCCUUCAUCAGCGGUGCUCUAAUACUACACAGGUGCAGCAGGUGCUCGGCCUCUCCACUAGCCCUUGGUUGAUUCCCACCACGAGUCACCUCACUCUAGUCUGUGUAUCGACGAGUAGCGGGUUCAUACACCUACAUUAUAAAUACUUGAGAAAGUUUGUACAGAAAUAUAAAUAUUUAUCUUUUGUAAAGAAUAGAGAAAAUAAUAUAUAAAUCCAGAGACAGAGAGAAAAUCAUAUUAUUGUAUGUAAUGUAGGGUAUAAGAAUAUCCUUUGUACUGUUGCAUGGAAAGUAUCAUGUAUAUAAGAGUGAGAAAUUAUUUCCAAACACACACACACACACACUCACAUUUAUAUUUAUGGUUGUUUACAUAGAGAUGAUUUACAACACGCCCAAAUAAACACAUAACAUAAGCAUCCACAACAAAAUAAUAACUGAUACCACACUUCCUGCCACGAAUCUAUGGGAGUGGAAAACGGUGCGGGUGACGCCAUUUCACAUCCAUAGAGACUCGGUCCCCCUGACCCAACCAAACAAUAACGGCUCUGUGUACAUAGCCUGUAUAUAGUCCUGUACCAGAGUAGAUAAAAAUGAAUGAAAAUAAAGAGUAAUUUUGGAUGAAGCAGAAUUUCACGGGUGAGUGUUUCCUUUGUACAGGUUUGACGUAUUCAUCAUAUGCCUAUGAUAGACACGCGCACUCACACUACCUGACUCGUUUAACUGUAACAGAGUACAUACGUGAAGUCUUGCUAUGUAAUUUCAUACGCUGUGACAAAACCCGGGGACGCGCGCGUGAGUGUUUGUGGGAAAGUGACGGCUGGCGGGGCAAGACAACAAUAAAGAUUGGCUUUGU